AUGUCUUAUCAUAGAAAGCGGCGUCAUGAGGAGAUUCAGGCAGAGCAUUACACAGUUUCCAGUGAUGACGAGGUGGCUACGACAUCUCAGAAACUUACCAGCUCCUCCAAUUCAGAUGGUGACUAUCAGUUGCUUCAACAUGAAGUUCUCUACUCAAACAGUGGAUCGACUUACGAAGUACUUGAAUUUCUUGGUAGGGGCACAUUUGGUCAGGUAGUGAAAUGUUGGAAAAGAGGAACUAGUGAAAUUGUCGCAAUUAAAAUUUUAAAGAAUCAUCCAUCGUAUGCUCGCCAAGGAGAGAUAGAAGUUAAUAUAUUGAGAUGCUUAGGCCGAGAAGAUGCAGAUGAUUGUCAUUUUGUGAGGGCUUAUGAAUUUUUCAAGCACAAAAAUCACACUUGUCUAGUCUUUGAAAUGCUGGAGCAGAAUUUGUAUGAUUUUCUUAAGCAAAAUAAAUUUCAGCCUCUACCUCUAAGACAUAUUAGGCCAAUUGCAAGACAAGUCUUAACAGCACUCUUGAAAUUGAAGACUCUAGGAUUGAUACAUGCAGAUUUGAAGCCAGAAAACAUUAUGUUAGUUGACCCACUACGAUAUCCAUACAGAGUGAAGGUGAUUGAUUUUGGAUCUGCAAGUCACAUAUCGAAGGCUGUUUGUUCUACAUAUCUGCAGUCAAGAUAUUAUAGAGCACCAGAAAUAUUAUUAGGUCUUCCAUAUACAGAAGCCAUUGACAUGUGGUCCCUUGGUUGUGUUAUUGCAGAACUUUUUCUUGGCUGGCCACUCUAUCCUGGAUCAUCUGAAUAUGAUCAGAUUAGAUACAUCUCUCAGACACAAGGAUUACCUCCAGAACAUAUCCUGAACAAUGCAACAAAAACUAAAAGAUUUUUCAAUAGAGAAAUUUGUGAAACACAUUAUCCAUUCUGGAGAUUGAAAUCACCUGACGAACAUGAAAUGGAAACAGGCAUCAAAUCAAAGGAAGCUCGCAAAUAUAUCUUCAACUGUCUAGAUGAUAUGAGUCAAAUAAAUGUCCCCACUGACAUUGACACAAAUGAACUUAUUGCAGAGAAAGCAGACAGAUUUGAAUUAGUAGAUUUGUUGAAAAGCAUGUUGGCACUGGAUCAGGACAGAAGAAUAACCCCUGGAGAGGCACUUGAACAUCCAUUCCAAACCAUGUCACACCUCAUGGACUAUGCUCACUGCAACAUUGUCAAGCAAAGUCUCCAUGCAAUUGAAGUGUGUCGCAAAUCCAAGAAAGAGUCGUAUGAUUUGAAUAACUUUUCUGGAAUCCGAGUGAUGACUAACUUCCUACCUAAUCUAUGCAGCAACAGGAAUUUCACACUGACAUUCAAGAAUCAACUCAAUGCUCUGAACCAUGUGCAGGCUCCGUUGAUACCAGGGGGCAGUUCAUCCCACCAGUCCGAUGCCAUGCAGUAUUUACAUCAGCCACUCCCUCAUCACCAACUUCACCAGUCACAACCUCCAUUUGUUCCAUACCAACCGACCCAGUACCAAUCGCACAUGGCUAAUGUACCUGCCCAUCUGAACACUUCCAACAACAACAGUGAUCCGUUUCAACCUUCACUGUAUUUAUCCUCCCCACCAAAUCCAACUUAUUCAUUGAGACUUGAUAACGUUGUUCCCGUGGUGGCCAGACCAUCUCAAACUCUUCAGUUAAUCGCUUCCAAUUGGUCGGGUCAGCAGCAAUUUUUGGUGCCAACUUGGAGCCAGUUGUCAGGAGGACAGAGAGGUUUGCCACCUUAUGAUCCUUGGCCAUCUGCAUUUAAUGUAGACCCCCUUGAUGCUUCUGCUUUCUCUUUUGGAAACCCGACCAACAACUCUAACAGCAGUCACAACAACAGCAACAGAACUGGAGGUUCCAACAACCAGUCAAACAACAGGACACGUCAUGGAUCAUCCAACAAUAACAACAACGCGUCCUUCCAGAAAAUGCCAUCCAUUUGGAACAUCCCAAUCCACAGCGACAACAAUCCUAACCACACCAACAGCAAUUACAUGAAUAAAGGAAGAAAUUCUCCUUCUGCAUCAAUUUCUAAGCAGGAGUUCAAAACCAAGAUUAUAACCCCUCCGAAGAAACGAAUUAGAGUGACUGACAUUUCCUCGGACAUCUCUUCAUCCAAAUUCAAAUUUAAUAACAGUGGCAUCUACGAUAGUAGCUGCACCACAAAGAACAGCAGCAGCCACAUGAGCAAGGAGGGAGGUGGGGGUGGGGGAGGAAAGUGUUUUGAAACAGAAAGAAGUUCCACCGGACACAGUGUUAUCGUAAUACUAGAUGAUGAUGAUAAUGAUGAUGAUGCUCAGCAUAGUCGUCCAAGCAAACAUAGGGACAGGCACAUGAAUGGAAGAUGUAGUAGCAGCAUCGUCAUAGCAACAUCUCCACCCCUGCAGUUUUCCGAGACCCUGAUGCACGAGCAACGUCAGCAGAUCCCGAUUAACAUUCCUGCAACGACAUCAUCUGUCAUGAGACCGCCGAUGCCAAUCAAAGUGGAUCCUUACGAAAACAAUGUGCUGAGCAGUGGCAACAACAAGCCAGCUGCAAGCCACCAGGAGCUGUACAACAGCAACAAGCAACAGAAGUGGAAGCAUCGCCACAUUGACAGGCACCUGUCAAGUCAAAUGGGCUAUUCCUGCAACCAGUCUGAUCAGCCCAUCCCACUGAUUGGAAACCCUGAUGAUAAAAAUAGUGGCAACAAUAUAUGUAACCCGGGGAACAGCAACAAUGAUAUUCAUCACCAACGUGUGCAAGUGAGUCCAAUGUUGCACUCUUCACCGUCAUCAUCUUCAUCUGGUGGGUUACAGAAACAUCUGAAGCCGGCGCACACCAACUAUCAACAGAAUGGCUGUCAUUCUACCAAGAAGAACAAAAAGAGACAUAACCUGGACUUGCCGACGCGUUCAUUGAAUUCUGAUAUUUUGGAUAGCAGUGCAUUGUCUGAAGCCAUCCUGCCUCCAACCUCACCCAACAUGGCGUCACACCCUCAGCAGUAUCUCGACAUGUUCGACUUACCAUUCCUGGCACCUCCUCCAUCAUCCUUUCACCAUCUUCCUCCAUCCUUCACGUCAUCCUCCUCUUCCUCACCACUGAUGAACGGAUCGAUAGUGCGCUACAUUGCGCCUCCUCCAAUCCAAGAUAGCCCCCUCAUGUUUGGGGCCGGUGACAACGCAAUGGCUGGCACUUCAUUCCUUUUCAAUCCACCAACCAAUCCACCGAGCAUGUCACCCAAUCGAGUCAAGUUCAACUUCAGAGUUUGAAGAGUGCCAGUGUUCGUCAGUUGUACCCGUUGUUUGCAUGGUAUAAAUAAUAAUUACUUAUCACUUGUUCAAUUUGUGAACAAUUACGUUACGUUAAUUGAAAUGGUUGCUGGAUUCACAUUUUUGUAUCACCAAUGCAACGAUCAUCUGAUGUAUUUAUAGGUUUUUUAUCGUUAUUUUUUCUUCCUCUUGAUUAACGUUAGUUUGUAGGGCUUAGCAUAUUAAUAUUAUCAAUUCAUCUAUUGUUUCAGCAAGGUUCCAUUCAAUUAAA